GAGCCAUCCCUGAUUCGGGGGUUCUGGGAGUUAAAGUCCCGGGCAUGGGAGGCACCGGGUUGCAGACUGCCCUGAUUUUCCUCUACUGACCCAGAACUGCCUCCUCUUCCUGCUCUGGUGCCAAGCCAGUUUGGCAUCGGUGUGGGCAACAGGCGCCUUGUGGAUGUCACCAUGGAGAAGAGGGAGAACUUCCCACCUCUCAAUACACUGAAGGAAUACCUGCCCAUUGGUGCUGCAGAUAAAAUUGAUCAGGGCGGCGACACCCCAAGGAAUGGCGGAAACCAAGGGACCAUGCAACUGAAAAAAGAAAUCUCUCUCCUGAACGGGAUCUGCCUUAUAGUAGGAAAUAUGAUUGGGUCCGGUAUAUUUGUUUCCCCCAAAGGAGUACUGAACUACAGUAUGUCCUAUGGAUUAUCACUGGUAAUCUGGGCCAUUGGGGGAAUGUUUUCCGUGAUCGGAGCUCUCUGCUACGCUGAACUGGGCACCACGAUCACCAAGUCAGGAGCCAGUUAUGCAUAUAUUUUAGAGGCCUUUGGAGGGUUCAUUGCCUUUAUACGGCUGUGGACGUCCCUGUUGAUCAUUGAACCCACCAGCCAGGCGAUCAUCGCAAUAACGUUUGCCAACUAUAUAGUGCAGCCCGUCUUCCCUUCUUGCCAGCCUCCGUACAUUGCUUGUCGUCUUAUUGCCGCUGCUUGUGUAUGUCUUCUAACGUUUAUAAAUUGUGCCUAUGUUAAAUGGGGAACAAGGGUGCAGGAUGCAUUCACCUAUGCCAAAGUCAUUGCUCUUAUUGUCAUCAUCGUAACAGGAAUUGUUAAACUAUGCCAGGGAUACUCAGAACACUUUCAGGACACUUUUGAGGGAUCAUCUUGGAACCUUGGGGGCAUUUCUCUUGCACUUUAUUCUGCCUUGUUCUCAUACUCAGGUUGGGACACUCUCAAUUUUGUAACUGAAGAAAUCAAAAAUCCAGAAAGGAAUCUGCCUCUAGCUAUUGCUAUUUCUAUGCCAGUUGUGACAAUUAUCUACAUCUUGACCAAUAUAGCUUACUAUACCGUGUUGGACAUUAAUGCUAUACUUUCUAGCGACGCAGUUGCAGUGACAUUUGCUGAACAAGUAUUUGGUAUUUUCAGCUGGACCAUUCCAAUUGCUGUUGCCUUGUCCUGUUUUGGUGGACUCAAUGCAUCUAUUCUAGCAUCAUCUAGGCUAUUCUUUGUAGGAUCUCGGGAAGGUCAUCUGCCUGACCUCUUGUCCAUGAUCCACAUAGGAAGGUUUACACCUAUCCCAGCACUUCUCUUCAAUUGUACUAUGACCCUCAUCUACUUGACUGUAGAAGAUGUCUUCCUGCUUAUUAACUACUUCAGUUUCAGCUACUGGUUCUUUGUGGGGUUAUCCAUUGCUGGACAGCUCUACCUCCGGUGGAAGCAACCGGAUCGGCACCGACCGCUCAAGCUGAGCCUGUUUUUCCCAAUAGUCUUCUGCAUGUGCUCAAUUUUUCUAGUGGUUGUGCCACUCUAUAGUGACACCAUUAAUUCACUGAUUGGCAUUGGGAUCGCACUCUCUGGAAUUCCAGUCUACUUCAUGGGAGUCUACUUGCCUGUUUCCAAAAGACCACCUUUGGUCACCAAAGUCUUAGGUGCUGUCACUCGAUCCACUCAGUUACUUUGUUACUGUGUUCUGACAGAAAUGGAUGCUGUUGAAGAAAAAAUAGAAACCAAAUCUAAUUAAAGAUGCAGAAAGGACUAGAUCAGCUGGCUGCUCAGGAGAAGAUGGUCUGGAAAUACCACUACCGUCUGCCAAUCUUACUACACAGGGAUUCUUUCCAGCUCACAUAAUUUGGUUGCCUUUUGUCUGUUAGUUUUGUAAAAGGCAUAAAACUCAUCAGGAUUCUCAGGCAUGAAUUCACAACGCUUUUUCAUCCCAUGUUUCUAAGCAGAAAAAUCAAAGGUUCUUAAUUGAAGUGCUCAAAGAUGAGAUUGUAUGGACUUUAGACAAUUAGACAGUGUGACCCCCAAAAAAUCUUUUCCAACUUACUGGAAAGCUUCAUCAACUCUACCAAGCAAUCUGUUUUUUAAUCCUGAGCCAAUGAUUCUGACCACCUAUUCCACCCAAAAGUUUGAAUAUGGCAGGGAAGCUAUUGGCCUGCUGACCUUCAGAUGUAGUUUAACUCUGUCCACCCUGCUUGUCCUCAAGAUAUUCAGAGGCUGUUCCUCAUAUACCCUUGACUUCAGUUGCUUUGCUCAAAGGAGAGGUUUAGACUGAAGUAUUUUGUUUUGAGUAGUUCAAAUUGGAACUAGCACAGUAGGAUACUAAGUCUAGAGCUUUGAAGCAAACAUUUUUAAUCAGUUGAACAUGAACACUGAGGUUGCUCAUUUGGCGUUUUCCCAACACUAUGCGUUGGACAAGUCAAAUUCAUGCUGCUUCAGCACUCAGAUAUUUUAAGGAUUUUAUACAGAAUCAUUUUGUAGUGUAAUAAUUGGACUUAGUCCGAGGAUAUAACAAAGUAUUUUUUUUUAGAUCUUCUUAUAUUAUUGAGUUCAUUUUUAGGGGAAAAAAUGCAGAGAUUUUUUUAAUGCACUUUGUAUAAUGCAAGUGGAAAAAAAGUUUUUUCCUUAUCCCUGUAAAGUUGUACAGGGAGAAACUGUCACCUGUUAUAUUAUUUUCUGUUACAAAUACCAAUUUCUCACUUUGUUAACACUAGUUUUUCAAGGCAAUGCUUAAGAACAAGAGCAAUUCAGACCCAAUUUAGUCCCAUGGCCCACUUGACUUUCUCGGUGUCUGAUUCUCCACUUAACAUCUUCUCACCAAUAGGACCAGAUUGUUGCCCUAUCAGCUGCAAACCAGUAUCAAUAAACGCAUUAGUAUUAGAAAAGGCUGCCUGGGCCACAUUAUGGAAAGCACCCUCAUGUCUGAUCACGCAUCUUGUUUAUCUCUACAUCUCAGAAACAGUCUGUCUCUUCAAUGCUGUGUCUUUCUGUGGCUCUUCAUGGUUUCUGGAGGCACAGACUUUACAAAGAGACAAAAUGGUGGAAAUGAAACCCCCACCCCCAUUGCUGCUGCUGCUUCGCGUGCAAUCUGUUAAACUGACAGGUGCUAAGUAAUUAAAGCAUGAGUGCUCGUGCAGUAGAUUUCAGUUGAGAAGAGGCUAUCAGUUGUGAGUUUUGCUCACUUUUAAAUGCCUAGUUUAUGUGCGUAAAUUUCCAGAGCUUAACUGUCAAAAAUCAUUGAUAACUGUGCUCAUAGUCCAUAGUGUUAUAAAUGGAAGCUAUGUGGCUGCUGUUAGUUAAAAAAAAGAUAUCCAAAACUAUACAUUUAAUUCCUGUUUUAUUCAGUCAAGAGUUAGAUUUGCUUUCAGAUUUUGAAUCCAGCUAUAAUCAACUCUGAUCAUCUGCCUAGAAAUGUGUGAUAUUUAUUGUAUUGAUGAAGAACCCAGAAAAUACAUGUUGAAGCUUUGCCUCUCUUAGUCUUUAUAUGAACCAAAUUAUUUGAAUCAAUGGCAUUAGAUCAAAAAUGUCUUGAAAAUGUACUACAUCCAUUUACCUUGGUGCUUUUUAAUUAGGUUUCAGUCUCAGUGCAAUAGAAAUGUAACCAAUAAACCCUUAAAAUGUGUGUUAUUUAGUAUAUCAGUGUGACAUUAACUUCUAAACUUGACUCUGGAUUGUUUCUAUACUCCGUUCCACUGUUAAAAUGCAUUUUAUUUUAUAGGAGGACUGAACUCUUUAUCUCCUGACCAGGUCAGUUAGUUGUGACAGCAGCCAGUUCUAUAGUUCCUGUAUGUACAAGAACUUUGAAGGGUAAAAUUAAAGUUCCACCAUGUGGAAAUAAAGAAUGAGAAUAUGAA